AUGCCGCGUAUAAUGAUAAAAGGUGGUGUUUGGCGUAACACAGAGGAUGAGAUUCUAAAAGCUGCUGUAAUGAAAUAUGGAAAAAACCAAUGGAGUCGUAUAGCUUCACUAUUACAUAGAAAAUCCGCAAAACAAUGUAAAGCACGUUGGUUUGAAUGGUUAGAUCCAAGUAUUAAAAAAACAGAAUGGAGCAGAGAAGAAGAUGAAAAGCUCUUACAUUUAGCCAAACUCAUGCCCACGCAAUGGAGAACUAUAGCUCCUAUUGUAGGACGAACAGCAGCACAAUGCUUAGAAAGAUACGAAUUUUUAUUGGAUCAAGCACAAAAAAAAGAGGAAGGAGACGAUGCAGCUGAUGAUCCUCGUAAGCUAAAACCGGGUGAAAUAGAUCCUAAUCCUGAAACAAAACCUGCCAGGCCUGAUCCUAAAGACAUGGACGAAGAUGAAUUGGAAAUGUUGUCAGAAGCUCGUGCAAGACUAGCUAACACUCAAGGGAAAAAAGCUAAACGAAAAGCUCGCGAAAAGCAAUUAGAAGAAGCACGCAGGCUUGCAGCUUUACAAAAGCGUAGAGAACUUCGUGCUGCUGGCAUCACUGUCUCACAAAAAAAUAAGCGCAAGCGUGGACUAAAUUAUAAUUCUGAAAUACCUUUUGAGAAACGUCCUGCUCCAGGAUUUUAUGAUACUUCUAACGAACAUAUAGAUCCACUUUCAAUAGAUUUUUCUAAAAUGAGACAACAACAAUUAGACGGAGAUCAUAAACAGGAGAAAGAAGAAAUAGAACGUAGGAAAGAUAAGCUAAAGCUGAAGCAGCGCAAAGAAAAUGAUAUUCCAAUGGGAAUGCUUAAUAAUGAAGAACCAAUGAUUAAAAGAAGUAAACUUGUUUUACCUGAACCACAGAUAUCUGAUCAAGAAUUACAGCAAGUGGUUAAACUUGGACGUGCAUCAGAGGUUGCACGUGAAGUAGCUACUGAAAGUGGAAUUACUCUAUCGGAUAGUUUAUUAGCUGAUUAUUCUCUCCCAACAAAUGUUGCUGUAACUCCCAGAACUCCAGCUGUGCAAGAUAAAAUUCUUCAAGAAGCUCAAAACGUUAUGGCUUUAACGCAUGUUGAUACUCCAUUGAAAGGUGGAAUAAAUACACCGUUAAAUAAUUCUGAUUUUUCUGGCGUUGUACCUGUAACACCUGCUAUUGCAACUCCAAAUACUAUUCUAGCAACUCCUUUCCGUUCUCAGCGUAAUGAUGGAACACCAUUAAAUUCGUUUAAUACACCGGCAUCUUCACGACAGCAAAAUGGAGUUUUGGCAACACCAGUUCGUGAUAAACUUAACAUUAAUCCAGAUGAUGGUAUUGCUGGAUCUGAAACACCGUUGAUACAGAAACAAGCUAAAGAACAAUUACGUGCAGGCUUAAUAGCAUUGCCAGCACCACGAAAUGAUUAUGAAAUAGUUGUUCCUGAUGAUGAAAGUGUAGAUGAAAAUACCUCUACUCCUGCAAAUGACAUAGUUGAAGAUCAAGCUGAUAUAGAUGUUAGACAACAACAAGAAUUACUAGAACAAAAGAAAAGGGAAUUAGCUCGUAGAUCACAGGUUAUACAACGGGAUUUGCCAAGGCCAGUUGACGUUAAUAUGAAUAUUUUGAGGCCUUUCGUGGAUACUUCACUAACGGAUAUGCAACGAGCAGAAGAGCUAAUUAAAAGAGAAAUGAUUACAAUGAUGCAAUAUGAUGCACUUCAAAAUCCUGUACAACAGAAUAGAAAAAGUUCUUCCAACUCUUUAGCUCAAGCACAAGCGUACCUCGAACAACAUCCUUAUAUAAAUUUUGAGGAAGAGGAAUUGGAUGCAGCGAAAAAGUUACUCACAGAUGAAAUGAAUGUUGUUAAGGAUGGUAUGGCACAUGGAGAUUUAAGUUUAGAUGCAUAUACAACCGUUUGGGAAGAAUGCUUGUCGCAGAUAUUAUAUUUGGAAACACAAAAACGGUAUACGAGAGCAACCUUAGCCUCCAAAAAAGAUAGAGUAGAAGCUUGCGAACGAAAAUUGGAAGAAAAUCGGAUGCACAUGACUGGUGAAGCUAAAAAAGCCGCUAGAAUGGAAAGGAAAUUAAAAGUCUUAACAGGAGGUUAUCAGACCAGGGCACAAGUAUUAAUCAAACAAUUACAUGAUUUAUGCGAACAAAUAGAACAAGCCCAUUUGGAGCUUUCGACAUUUAAAUUUUUACAAAAUCAAGAGGAAGCAGCAGUUCCAAGAAGAGUCAAUGCACUUAUUGAAGAUGUUAACAGACAAACUGAACGUGAACGUAUAUUACAAAUGCGAUAUGCACAAUUGCAAGAUAAACUUCAGCAAUGUUAAUUAUUACAAUUGUAUUUAUUUUUAAACAUAAUAUUGUACAGUUUACACGUCAUAUAAGUAUGCUUUAAACUUUAUUAAGUGUGAAAGGUCAUUGUGUGAAUGUUGCGUAUGUAAAUAGUUGCAUGUUGACGUAUUCAUAUUAAAAUUAUUGAUAUAUAUUUAAAAAAUAAGACUAAGACAAUUAAAAACAA